AUGCCAAUGGAGUGCGAUUCAAAUGAUCGACUAACUUUCGGGAAGAUGGGUUAUGGCUGCAAGCACUAUAGAAGGAGGUGCAAGAUUAGAGCUCCAUGCUGUAAUGAAGUUUAUGAUUGUCGUCACUGUCACAACGAAGCCGCGAAUAUGCUUCGUAACAUUUAUGAUCGGCAUGAGUUGGUCCGGAGCGAGGUGAAACAAGUUAUCUGUUCGGUUUGUGACACUGAGCAGCCUGUCGCACGUGUUUGUACAAAUUGUGGUGUCAAUAUGGGGGAAUAUUUUUGCAGUGUCUGCAAAUUUUACGAUGAUGACGUUGACAAAGGGCAGUUUCAUUGUGAUGACUGUGGGAUUUGCAGGAUUGGAGGCCGUGAGAACUUCUUCCACUGCAAGAAAUGCAGCUCGUGUUAUUCAGUUAGUUUGCGCAACAAUCACCUUUGUGUGGAGAACUCCAUGAGACAUCACUGCCCAAUUUGUUACGAGUAUUUGUUCGACUCUCUGAAGGAUACAACCGUCAUGAAGUGCGGUCACACGAUGCAUUGUGAAUGUUAUCAUGAACUGAUAAAGCGUGAGAAGUACUGUUGCCCAAUAUGUUCCAAGUCGAUCAUGGACAUGACGGGGACUUGGAAGAGAAUAGAUGAAGAGAUCGAAGCAACUGUGAUGCCAGAUGAAUACAGAUACAAGAAG